AGCCAGUAAGCGGCACGGCCCGGUGCCCACGUACAGGUGGUACCAUCAAAACCUUCGCUGCUUCUAUUUGUUUCUUCUCCUUCCAAAUUUUUCAGCCCUGAAAUCCCCUCUCUCUCUCCUCCCCGCAGCGCUCUCCGCCAUGACCAGCUCCUCCGCCACCGCUCGGAAGACACUGAGUAAGAUUGCCAUCAAUCGGCUUCAGAAGGAGCUGGUAGAGUGGCAGAUCAAUCCCCCCACUGGUUUCAAACACAUAGUCACCGAUAAUCUCCAAAGGUGGGUGGUUGAAGCGAUUGGAGCUCCUGGAACCCUCUAUGCUAACGAAACUUACCAACUUCAAGUUGAUUUCCCUGAGCAUUACCCAAUGGAAGCUCCCCAGGUGAUAUUCCUCCAUCCAGCUCCAUUGCACCCUCACAUUUAUAGCAACGGCCAUAUAUGUUUAGAUAUAUUAUAUGACUCUUGGUCACCUGCCAUGACUGUUAGUUCAGUUUGUAUAAGCAUCCUCUCAAUGCUGUCAAGCUCAACUGUUAAGCAACGCCCUGAAGACAACGAUCGAUAUGUAAAGAACUGUCGGAAUGGCCGAUCUCCAAAGGAGACCAGGUGGUGGUUCCACGACGACAAGGUGUGACAAACAAGCGGGAACAAAGCUGCCACCAUUGUCCCGUUGUUUGAAAUAAUUGUAGUUUUGUGGUGUCCACCUUUUGCUAGAGGAUGAGAAAAAUGGAGAAUGAGAAGCAUUCAGAAACCAAAGCAUUUCUCUGAAUUCUCGAUGCAUCUCCUGUGUAAAUUGGCAAUGCCUGGUUGUGUAAAGGGAGAGGAGCAUUGUCGUCUUCUUAGGGGAACACAUUGGGAAGUUACUGUUUGUUCUUAACUUAUUUGCUUAUGGAAUUUAUAAAACCAGUCUCUUUGUAUUAGUGGUAAAAAACUGGCACGUUGGGUCUUAGUUAUCUCUGGGGCAACUCUAAACUAGACAGAGAGAAAACUUUUUUUUACCACACUAUGGGGCAACCCAAUUGGCAAUCCUAGGAACCACAUAACUCUAAGCCAUGUCUAGCUAUCGUCUAUAGGCAGUCUUUAAGCAUCAAUCCUCCAAUUGUAUCUGAUUCUACCCUAUGAGAAGCUGGCAAGUGACGACUUGAGAAUCCCUUUCCAGUGUGACUCCAUGGAAGCUCAUGUUACGAAUCAAGAUCAGACCAUCUCGAGCCGCUAGCAAGCCGAGCUAUGAUCAUCUGCGGACUUCACCACCAAGCUUCCACUCCCUCUGCAAUUUGCCGGUGGAAGGAAUCACUAGAUAGAGCUAUUCAACUUGCCUCUUCCCUAUUUGCUGUGAUUGUGAAUCUGCAGAAAGGCAAGACACAGCCAAGCCUAUAUAUGGAAGGUAUAGAUCACCAGAGAAUCAAAGCAAAUGGGAUAUGGCUACAUGUAGCCCAGAAAGGGACAGGCCAACUGGUCCUUCUCCUCCAUGGCUUCCCAGAUUUCUGGUACUCUUGGCGCCACCAAAUCACCUACUUGGCCGACCGUGGCUACCAUGUUGUCGCUCCUGAUCUCAGGGGUUACGGCGACUCCGACUCCCCUGCCAACCCUUCUUCCUACACUCUUCUGCACAUCGUAGGCGACAUCGUCGCCCUCCUCGACCAUUUCGGUCAACACCAGGUCUCUCCCGCUGUUCGCCCUUUGCUUAAUAGAAUGUAUGUCGUAACUUACCUGUACCGUAUUUUACUACGAAUAGCAGUAGUACUGAUUUUGGUUGGUCUUCGAGAAAAGGCCUUUGUGCUAGGACAUGACUGGGGAGCUCUGGCUGGGUGGUAUCUGAGUCUACUGAGGCCUGACAGAGUGAAGGGGCUGGUAGCACUCUCAGUCCCGUUCUACAACAGGAACCCUGAAGCUAGAUUCACUGAAAUUUUCGACAGGGUGUUUGGAGAUGGGUUUUACAUAUGUCAGUUCCAGGAGCCUGGGAGAGCAGAGCAGGCAUUCGCGAGAUACGAUUGCAUGACAUUGAUGAAGAAGUUCUUGCUGUUGAACAGGACAGACAACAUGGUGGCACCUCCGGGAAUCGAUAUAAUCGACGACUUGGAGACACCAGCUGUUCUGCCGGCCUGGAUCACUCAGGAGGAACUGGAAGUCUAUGCUGACAAGUUCCAGCAAUCUGGCUUCACUGGUCCUCUCAACUAUUACCGUGCCAUGGACCUGAACUGGGAGAUUUCUGCACCCUGGCAAGGAUCGAAAGUUACAGUACCGGCAAAGUUCAUCGUCGGUAAUCAAGAUAUUGGGUUCGAGACCUCUGGCACUAAGCAGUAUAUUGAAGGAGGGGUCUUCAGGAGCUUUGUUCCUGAUCUUGAAGUUGUAGUUUUAAACGGUCACCACUUCAUUCAUCAAGAGAAAGCUCAAGAGGUGUCAGAAGAAAUUGCUGCCUUUCUCCAUAAGCAUUCCUCAAAUGAUGAGAAUAGAGAAUAAGUCAAGGGUUUUUUUUUA